AUGUUGCGAAACCUGCCGAACAAUUAUUCCAGGGACAAUCUUCUGCACAUGCUGGACCGGAACGGAUUCAAGGACUUGUAUGACUUCGUGUACCUGCCCUUUGACUUUGGCCGAAAUGCCAAUCUGGGCUACGCAUUCGUCAACCUGGUCAGUCCUGUUGACGUGGCGAGAUUCUGGCGGGUUUUCCAAGGCUACUCAAAGUGGACACUUCCUACUUCCAAGGUUUGUCAAGUCAGCUGGAGUGGGCCUCACCAGGGGUUCGAAGCGCACGUGGCCCGCUACCGCAACAGCCCCGUGAUGCACAGGUCAGUUCCGGAUGAGUUCAAGCCAGUCAUCUUCAAGGAUGGAGUUCGGCAAGAGUUCCCGCCCGCAACCAGGAGACUGAAGCCUCCUGGCCGGUUUGCGGGACGCUGA